GACUGGGAGCGCGCAGAUCCGCCCUCUAUCCGCCAUUUUUUUUUGUCUCAGACUCAAUCAGGUUGGAGGUGUGGAGCCGAGUAUAAACAAGGGAAAGACAAAUACUAGUGAGACCUUAUUAUUGAAAAAAAUCAGGGGACAGAAAUAUACUCAAGAAAUUCGACUGUUUUGGGACUCUAUACACAUGCAGGGGAACCGAGAUACUCUUGUGAUUUAAUUUUGUGUGGAGACGUGUUGCAGGCCGCCAUUUUUUGUUACUGCCUCAAAAGUCUGUCGGGACUCAAGAAAAGGAUUGAACAUAUAUAUUUCGUGCCUUACAGUUCGACCAAGAAGUUACAAAGUAACAAUUUGGGCUCCGGCGCACAGCUAUUUGCAACAUUGUAUCGACAAUGGAGACUCGUUUAAUCAAGUAGUGAGGCGACCUUUUCCGUUCUCAUUUACUGACAGUGACUGGAUAUACAUUAUAUUGUUUCAUGAGAUGUUCGAUCCAUCGGACCGGUCCAGUUGGUAUUUUGGGCCGGUGUCGAGACAGGAGGCGCAGAAUAGAUUACAAGGACAGAGGCAUGGCAUGUUUUUGGUUCGGGAUUCUUCAACCUGCCCUGGCGACUAUGUGCUGUCAGUAUCUGAAAAUUCCAAAGUGUCCCACUAUAUCAUCAACUCCUUACCAAGCAUGAGGUUCAAAAUUGGAGAUCAAGAAUUUGAUCACCUCCCAGCACUUUUGGAGUUCUAUAAAAUCCACUACCUGGAUACGACUACACUGAUAGAACCUGCCCCCAGGUACCCAAACACAGCUAUAGGCACCAGCCCCAUUCAGACGAUGGGCGGCCCAGAAGACAACCUGGAGUAUGUGCGGACUCUGUACGACUUCACAGGCAGCGAUGCUGAGGACCUGCCCUUUAAGAAGGGGGAGAUCCUGAUCAUCCUGGAGAAGCCUGAGGAGCAGUGGUGGAGUGCCAAGAGCAAGGAGGGCCGCAUGGGCAUGAUCCCUGUGCCCUAUGUGGAGAAGCUGGUGCGACCCUCCCCUCAUCCUGGCCAGCCUCCUCACGGCUCCCGCAACUCCAACAGCUAUGGCAUCCCCGAGCCGGCCCACGCUUAUGCUCAGCCUCAGACCCCCUCGCCCCUUCCCCCUGGCACCCCCGGAGCGGUCAUCACCCCCCUGCCCUCCAUGCAGAAUGGGCCAGUCAUGGCUAAGGCCAUCCAGAAACGAGUGCCCUGUGCCUAUGACAAGACGGCCCUGGCUCUAGAGGUGGGUGAUAUAGUCAAAGUGACGAGGAUGAACAUCAGCGGUCAGUGGGAGGGAGAGGUGAAUGGCCGGAGGGGUCUCUUCCCCUUCACCCAUGUCAAAAUAAUGGACCCCCAGAAUCCGGAUGAGAGUGAAUGACCUGGACCCCAACCAACCCUCCCUCCCCACAGUGACACUCAAACCUGCUGGCUGUCUCCAUCCCGCCCGCCAGUGUCACCACGGUUAUGUGCUUGCCUGCUUGGGGCUGUGCGACAGCGGUCUCUGUUAUCGUCAUGCCAACCAUUGUGCGGCUUUCUGACUGUUUACAGCUCUGGACUCAACUAAACUCCCCCAUCUGGUUACAGGCUCGUCAGUGUUUUUUGCCUUUGUCUUUUCAUUUUCAGACUAUCGGUAGGUUGUGUGUGUUGCCAUGGCUCCCAUGACGCCAUGUCUUACCUGGUCAUUUUUUAUUUGAUCUUGGUUACAUUUGAAUACUUAGGGAUUUUUUGAGAGCUUGCUUGGACUGUGUGUUUUGUAUUGUGGAUGGGAGGAGGUUAAUGUGAAAAAGAAGAGAGGUGACUGAACAUCACAUGGACUGACUGAGGAGAGCAAAGUCAUAAAGGGCUCCAAGUGGAGCCUGAGGAUAGAACCAGACAGUUGACUGUGUCUCUCUCCAAACAAUCAUUCACUGUUGGUACCUUAGCCACGUACACACACACACAGAUUGACCAUUACUUGUUGAGGGCGACGUGUGUGUGUGUGUGUGUGUAUGUAUGUGGGUGUGUGUAUAUAUCAGUCUCAACACCUCUCUUGACUGACACAAGCUGAGCUGACUUGGGCAGGAGGACAAGGCAGAGGCUGACAGAGGAGUUCAAGCCCACAUGGAUUCUGCCUUGUGGAAUAGCCCAUAGCCUCAGUGACACAGACCUAGUUGACAGUUUUGUUAUUUAUGUUUUCCCCAGACUACAUGUGAAAUGGCCAUAUGUGAAGACAUAUUUUGUUUAAUUUGUGCCAUAAAUUCAGGAGUGCUGAGCGAGGCAUUUGUCGUAGUAUAAGUGCAUGACUGUGACCAGGCUAUAGCCAAUGUUGUAAGAUUACUUAAAAAUGCUGUUGAGGGGUAAGGGCUUUUCUAUGAGACGGAUGCCUCAUGCAUCCAAUGAUAUGGGUCACAGGAGGUGGGCAAAGGUUGCAGCCAGCCAAUGACACCUCAUCAAUGCCUUUCACUGAAAAAUGCAACUUUAGUACAAGCAAUCCUUCCCUGUUUCCUCUCCGGGUUCCCUAAGGUGGUGAUUGGUUACACCCCUGACUCUCAUCUCUAGCCAGUGUUGACUGUCAAGCACAGGACCUGAGAAGAGAACUUGGUUGUCUUUGGUUAUGUCUAACUGACAUUGGGAUGCCAGAGCUGUCCUGCUCUCUGGUCUUGGUGUGAGUGUGCUGAUAAAGUGCUUCAUUAGAUCUCUGCUGUAAAGAAGACUUACCCUUCCUGUUGUCUCUUCCCUAGUGCUUGCCCAUCAAUCCCCCUGAGCUUUUUCAUUGGGUAGAGUAAUACCAUUGUACAACUAUCAAUCAUGUCCUGACUAGUGUUUUUUUGUUAGCCAACUGUUGAAUUGAGCAUUUAAUAUUUGUUUUAAUAACCUUGUAAACAAUUAGACUGAAGGUAACUUUUUUUAAAGGGAAAAAAAUGCCUGCUGGUGGCCUCUGUGCAUGACCUCUUGGCCUCUCCCAGGUCAAAUGCUGCUUUGUCUCAAUGAACAUUUCCUCAUCAAAAUAUGAAUUACACUUGUUUUUAUUGCCUCUGUGGAAUCAAUCCAUUCAAAUGUAGUUUGGUUUUCCUUGUGCAACCUCCAUAUUAAACCCUGUGAUUAAGCAAUACACCAAUUUUAAUUUAUGUUUUAGUUGGGUAAACAUGUUUUAUUAACGUUCUUUGUAAAGGCAUUAGCAGUAUUACUGUUUUUUUCCCCUCAUGUUUUAGAGUGCCUCUGUGUUGUCCUCUUAAUUCAAAAUAAAAAAUUGUGCCUUUUAUUUUCUUAUACCAUUUGCAUGUGUUAAUAUUUCCCAUGGUUAACACCUGUCCUGGUAUUGCCCUUUAUGUACAGAACAAGUAAAUAAAAUGUAUGUCUACUUCUUUAA